GCGCCGACGCACAGCGCGGUGUGCGCACGCCGCCCGCGGGAGCUCGCGAGUGGCUAGAACGGUAGUGGCUAGAGCCGGCAGAGCGGGCUGAGCGGGCGCCAACCGCCCGGGGCGCGGCGGGAGGCGGCGCGGGGUGGCUGGUGGAGGUCCCCGGGGCUGCGGGUCAUGAUCGACUCUGUGAAGCUCCGUCGCGACUGCGCGACCGACUUCUUCUCGCACUAUGAGUACCUGUGCGCGCUGCAGGACUCGGCGCCGCUGCCCGCCGUGCGCGCCUGCCUGCGGGAUGGCGUGCUGGACUUCAAUGCCGACCGGCUGCGCGCGGUGGACUGGGCACCGCUGCUCAGCUCGCUCAGGGUGAACCGUGACCUGCCGCUGGUGGCCAUCAAGAGCUCCUUCCAGCCGUGGCUCGGGGAGUCAGUUCUACGGUCCGGAGGUGCUGAUGCACACAGAGUUUGUAGAAAUCGAGUUCCUUCAGUAAGAUCCAAAGACAUAAGCUUCCAGUUAUGUAAGGCUCUUAAAGGCUGCUUAAGUGUAUCAGGCGUGCUCAGAAAUCUGGAGCUAAAUGGGCUGAUUCUGAGAGAGAGAGAUUUGACUAGUCUAACAAAGGGAUUGAGUAAAUCAGCCUCUUUGGUGCACCUGUCUCUUGCAAACUGUCCAGUUGGAGAUGGAGGUUUAGAAAUUAUUUGUCAAGGUAUAAAGAACUCCGUCACUCUCAAGACCGUCAACUUCACAGGAUGCAAUCUGACGUGGCAAGGAGCCAGUCAUAUGGCCAAGAUCUUAAAGUAUCAAACCAUGAGAAGACAUGAAGAGACCUGGGCUGAGAGUCUUCGCUACAGGAGGCCGGAUCUUGACUGCAUGGCCGGCUUAAGGCGCAUCACACUGAAUUGCAACACACUCAUUGGUGACCAGGGUGCAAGUGCUUUUGCAGACUCUCUCAGUGAGGAUUUAUGGCUUCGGGCACUUGACCUGCAGCAGUGCGGCCUUACCAGUGAAGGGGCGAAGGCUUUACUGGAGGCCUUGGAAACCAACAGAACCCUGGUCGUUCUGGAUAUAAGGAAAAACCCACUUAUUGAUCAUUCUAUGAUGAAAGCAGUUAUCAGAAAGGUUCUCCAGAACGGAAGGAGUGCAACUUCAGAGUACCAGUGGGUAACGUCCCCGUCACUGAAGGAACUGCCCAAAACCACUAAGCAGAAAAAGAAAACGAUCGUCCUAGGAAGCAGUCGAAAAGGAAAAGCUACUAUUCGAGUUGGUUUAGCUACAAAGAAACCUGUGAGUAAUGGGAGAAAACAUGGGCUCAGUAAAGACUCCUAUGCUCCCGACCCUCUGCCUCCAGGCGCGUCUGGUUUCUUGCCCUGGCGCACGGCAGAACGUGCAAGAAGAAACAGGAGUUUUCCAUUAAUCAAAACUCAUGAUCUGUCUAAUCACCUGCAGCAAUCAGAUUUCCCUGUGACUGUGACAGUAGAAAGUCCUUCAUCCUCAGAAACUGACGAGUCUGAGGAUUCUUCAGAAAGUGUCCAUGAAGUGCCUCAGAAAACCAGCAUAAGACAAGAAACAUUACAGGAGAAGCUGGAGGAGUGCCUAAAGCAGCUAAAGGAGGAGAGAGUGACCCGCCUCAAAACUGACAAGCGCAUCAGUGAGCUGGAACAUGAAAAUGCCCAGCUAAGAAAUAUAAAUUUCUCCCUGUCUGAAGCCCUUCAAGCACAGUCAUUGACGAGCAUGAUCCUGGACGAUGAAGGAGUCUUGGGCAGCAUCGAGAAUUCUUUUCAGAAGUUCCACGCCUUUUUGGAUCUCCUUAAAGAUGCUGGGCUCGGGCAGCUUGCCACUAUGGCUGGUAUAGAUCAGUCAGAUUUCCACCUGUUAGGUCGUCCCCAGAUGAGUUCUACGGUUAACACACCUGUGGAAGAACAGAAAGGACUUGAAGAUGAAAAUCUGGAUCUGAAGCAGACUGCUGUAGGACAAAUGCAGGACAUCGGUGUUCCAGCUUCCACACAAGAGGCAGCAGGAUCUUCUCGAGACCACCUGGGGGUUGUAGCCCUGGAGCAGCAGGAGGGCUCUGCAGUGGGAUUCAUUGCUAUAACAGGCUCUCCUUCAGCAGAUGGCAUUUCAGGAGGCAGAAGUCUAGAAGAGGUGGUGUUGUCAAAGCACAGCAGGUCUUCUUCAGGCAAAGGGAGCACAGCAAGCGAGCCCUCCAGAAGGCAGUCUGCUGAGAGACACUCCAGGAAGGACCUGCAUUCCGACUCCGACUCCCCUGUGAACUCAAAAGGCAAAGGACCUGGGGAAAAGAGGUCUUUGCUUAAUGAGCCAAUUAAAAGUGAAUCUUUGAAAAAAUGUGUUUCUAUCAAGAAAGAAAAUAGAAUAGUGACUGUAUCAUCAAAGAGUAUCAAAAGUAAACCCAAUCUGCUAGAACAUUCUGAAAGUGAUACUAUUGGGUCUGAUUUUGAAUUUCAAGAGCAUGACCAUUCGUCAGCACACCUGACCUGACAUAGGUCUAACCUUUUGAAAUUAUGAUUUUUGCCUUAAAAUUUUAAUAAAUUUUCUUAUGUUUUUA